AUUUGAGCUUCUUAUACAGUCAUAUUAUAGUGGGAGAUAUAAGACAAAAUCAUCUUCGUAUUUUGGUUUACUACACACAAACUGGAAAUAAUUAUAUUCUAAAGCAUUUAUACGAGGAUCCAUUCACUUGUUGACCAAGUUUGAACACACAAUAUACCUGAGGAACAUUAAAACACACUGCAAAAAUAAAACUACUCGUGUUUAACUACUACUAUCACUACUACUACUACAAUAAUUAUUUGGAAAUAUAAAUCGUGCAACAUCCAGUGAACUGAUAUACGGCAUAACUAACAAAGUCUUCGAUAAUUUCCAGUGUAUAUUUUGAUUUGUGAUUUAUCUCAAAAGCCUUAUUCAACGUCAUCAACACUAAUUGUAUUUCAAUCAAAUGUCUACAGAUACAUGGAUGUCUUCACAUCGUGAAAUUAGUCAGCAUACUCCUCAAGUACAUCCAUCGCCAUCAACAUCAUCGUUGUCGUCGUCGUCAUCAUCAGUAAUCGACAUGAAUUUCAUACAGAAUAUAUCCGAUGCAUUUAAUAAAUUCUAUUCCCCUACACAAAUGAAUUCACCCGCUUCGACUGAUUUAUCUAUAUAUGCUAAUUAUUUAAACAGAAAGUUAUUUAGUAAUUGUUUGAAUGAACAACCACAUCAGCAACACAACCACCAACAACAUCAACACCAACAAUUAAAUGAUAAUAAUACACAAAACUUUCAAGAUUUAUUACAUAAACUUUGUAAAUCUCUACCACAAUUUGAUGUUAUGCAAAAAUUUCCAUCAGUAUUACCACAAAUUACAAAUGAAACAUCUCCAGAGAAAACUGCACAUGAUUUAACAAUGAAUCGGGGAGGAAAUUAUGACUUGAAUCUAUCCGAUUUUAAUUGUAGUAAUACAACUUUAGGGACUACAUUGCCUAGUCCAUCUGAAAAGUCUAGCCCAUACAAUUCUAGUCUGUGUAAUCAAUCACAGCACAAUUCAACAGAGAUGAACACUCAUCAGACAGAUAACCAACAACAGAUUAAAGAAGACUUCUCUCAACUAUCAUAUAAACGAGAUAAUGACGACAGACAACAAUAUCAGGGUAUGAGAAAUGAAACAAUGAUGAAUACACUUCAUUUUCCGUCUUCACCAAACAAUACACUAGAUAAAACGGAUAUAUUUUUAAAUAAGGCCAAGAAGGGUAAAGUAUUACUGAAUAGUAUACAUGACAUUGAUGAGAGUAUAGGACAACAUUAUAAGUUUAAUACGGAUAAAUUUACACAACAUAAUCAGUGUCAUUAUGAUAAUAAAUAUCAUGACAGUAAUGAACAGUCAUCUGAUGACUACCACGCGAUUAAUUUGUCCAUGAAAGAAGCCGAUUUACUCAAGUCACCAUCUCCACCUCAACCUGAAGUAAAAAAUCCCAGUAAUGCGACAAAUUAUGAAUCGCUAUCUAAUUCAAUGCUUUAUGAAUACUAUACUAAAUUAUUACAAUUUAAUUAUUUCGAAUGGUUAAAAUAUCUUCUGUGUCAACCAUCUCAAAUCAUAUCAGGUAAUCCAUCUGUUUCAACUCCUAUCCCUCAGUUAUCUCAGGAUAAAAAUAAUUAUUAUCCUACUCAUGAUAAAUCCUAUGAUGAUAUUCAUGGUAUGAAUGCUAUUCUAGGAGGUAAUCAAUGUCCAAUAGAUUGUCAACUUAUUGACAGUUUAACAACAGCAACAACAGUUCGCAAUUCUAUUACACACAUGAAUUCAGAUCUAUUUAGUUUGAAUUAUGCAAACAAUUUAUUCCACUUAUAUGGAGAUGUCCAGUCAAAUUUUCUAUCAGAUAAUAAUUAUCAAUCUGCAAUGUUGAACAGUCUUUCAACAAUUCCCCCCUCAUCUUUAUCACCAUUAAAAUUAACCAAACCAUUAACAAGGGAUCCUGUAAAUUGUAUCAAUGAAAUGUGUAGUAUAAAAUCGAAAAGACAGUCAUCUACAAAUUCAAUAAUACCAAAGAAUUCUCUCAACAGCAAUAAUAAUAAUAAAAAUCAGACAGAAAUAACAGGUAAUAACACUACAUCAAAUAGUUAUGCUUGUAAAUUAUGCUCAAAAGUAUAUUCACAAGCAUCAGCAUUAAAAAUGCAUGUAAGAACGCAUACACUACCAUGUCGAUGUUCACAUUGUGGCAAGUCAUUUUCACGUAAAUGGUUACUUAAAGGACAUGAACGUACACAUACAGGUGAAAGACCAUAUUCAUGUAAUAUCUGUGGACGUUCAUUUGCUGAUAGAUCAAAUUUACGUGCACAUAUGCAAACACAUCAACGUGAAAAACGCUAUUCCUGUGCAUAUUGUCCACGUUCAUUUUCUCGAAUGGGUUUAUUAAAUAAGCAUAUAUUACAAUGUAAUCAUCAAAAUAAUAAUAAUAAUAAUUCUAAUAAAAUUAUUCCUAAUAAUAACAAUAAUAAUAUUAUUAAUAAUAAAAGUGAUAAUUACUGUUCUCCAAUAAAUUUUUGUGAUGUAAACCUACAACACAAUCGAUCAUUAAUGAGUACAAUGCACAGUUUAUAAAAAAAAAUCAAAUUCUAUAGAAUAUCAUUUAACAACAAGAAGAAAUGUAACUUUGUAGAUAGAUAUUGAAUUCCUGACAAUAAGAUUUUCACCUAUGUACAUUUUCAUAUAAUAAUAAUAAUUGUCAAUAAUAAUGUUGAUGAUUAUUAUUAGCUCUAGUUUCGGCGUUCGCCUAAUUUCCCCUCGAAUUACCACCCUUCAGAUACUCUUUCGUCUUUUUUGAUGUUUCAGUAUUUUCUUUCUUUCGCAAACAAACCACUAUAAAAAAAUAAAACAAGUGACCAUAGUUGCUUUUAUUUCCUUUCUCUUUCGAAUUAUAUGCAACCAAAUUGAAUCUUUCUGAUGAUGUUAUCCUCAUAUUUUUGAAAAAACAAACAGUAUAUACACAAUAUACG